AUGACCCUUAGACUGGACCAGAUCCUCUCCCCCUUUUUACCGAAGCAGGGGGGAUCCCGUACACGGUCUGACAGACUGAAGAGGCCGAUGCUAAAGCUCCUUCCAUGGCGUCGUUCACCUCAUCUAACCCUUACCCUAAUCCCAAACACCUCCUGCCCCAUAAUCCACCCACCAUUCGUCUACACCUCUCGUUUCCUAACAAAUUCCCACUCCCACUCCCUCUCCCUCUCCCUCUCCGACGACCUCCAUGACCCUCCAUUUUCACCCAUCUCCAAAACUCUAAUAACUCCCCAAACCAACUCCACCAACAAGAACAACAAAAAACAGAAGAUUACCCCCAACGGCUCCAAAAAAGCCCAGGUUUUCCCUUUAAAGUCCGAUUUGCCCUUCGACUUCAGAUACUCCUACUCCGAGGCCAACCCUUCGGUUGAGCCCAUCGCGUUUCGUGAACCGCCAAGGUUCUCUCCCUUCGGCCCUGGCCGGCUCGACCGGAAAUGGACCGGAACUUGUGCUCCGGCUGAGAAAGGUGUUGAUUUUGCGAAGGUAGUGGAAGAGCGGAAUGCGGUUCUUGGUGAACCGCUGGCGGAGGAGGAAGCCGAUGAGCUUGUGGAACGGUAUCGGCAUAGUGAUUGUUCUCGGCAGAUUAAUUUGGGAAAUGGGGGUGUUACGCACAACAUGAUCGAAGACAUCCACAACCACUGGAAGCGUGCUGAAGCAGUGAGGAUCAAGUGCUUAGGUGUGCCAACUCUGGACAUGGACAAUGUGUGUUUCCACCUUGAGGAUAAAUCUGGUGGGAAAGUUAUCUAUCGGCACAUAAAUAUUCUCCUAUUAUACCGGGGUCGAAACUAUGACCCCAAGAAGAGACCAGUCAUUCCUUUGAUGUUGUGGAAGCCAUAUGCACCAAUAUAUCCAAAGCUUGUCAAGAAUGUUGCUGAUGGUCUUUCGUUUGAAGAAACCAAGGAAAUGAGGAACAGAGGACUGAAUGCCCCUCCUUUGAUGAAACUUACUAGGAAUGGUGUUUAUGUGAAUGUAGUGGAGAGAAUGAGGGAAGCAUUUGAGACUGAAGAGGUUGUACGAUUAGACUGCGCCCAUGUGUUUACAAGUGACUGCAAGAAGAUGGGUGUAAAGUUAAGGACAAAGGAAGUUGAGUAUGCAUACUUGAGUUCCAGACAAAGGAGAAAAGAGAAAGGAAGGACUAACAUGUAUUAUGGGGCCUACCCUGGAUAUGGGAAUUAUGAACAGCCACAGCAGUGAUCUGUUGCCGCCCAUAGAGAAGCGGAGCGCUGUUGAUGGGUCCAUUUGAUUCAUGUUUGACCUAGUUAGCUGCAAGUCACCCAGUCAUAAUCAAUGUUGCUGUGAUUUAAUGGUGCUUGUUUGUGGAGUUAGCGCGCGCAGAGAAUUUCACUCAGCUUGCAUGUUACUAUCUCUCUCUUUUGUUGCCCGUGUUUCGUUUUUAUCUGUUUGGGAUUCUACUGGAGUGUGUUUCCAGUCUAUUACGAGUCUAUGACAAUAUUGAUGCACUUAUACUGUACUAGCGAUGAGCUACUAAAACUUAUGUAGAUUGUGGAUUUGGAUUAAUUAUUAUCCUCUCUCCUCUGAGUGUGUGGAUAUUUCUCCACCAUGAUAUAACUCACCGAGUCACCAACAAAGGUACUCACUCUGUAAACCCAAUUCUACAAAGCAUCUUAUACUUUCAGAACCAGGGUCAUUCUUUUGAACA